CCAUGGGGAAGCUGGUGGCGCUUACCCUGCUGGGCGCCGGCCUGGCCCUAAUCGGGGAGAGGUUAAUGACGCUUAGAGAAAGAACUAAUGCAUAUCGAGAAGUGGAGCCAGUAGAACCCCAGAACUGCCACCUUAUUGAGGGACUUGAAAAUGGCUCUGAAGAUAUUGAUAUACUUCCUAGUGGGCUGGCUUUUAUCUCCAGUGGAUUAAAAUAUCCAGGCAUGCCAAACUUUGCACCAGAUGAGCCAGGACAAAUCUUCUUGAUGGAUUUAAAUGAGCAAAACCCAAGGGUCCAGGCACUAAACAUCAGUGAUGGUUUUGACAAAGCAUCAUUUAAUCCACAUGGGAUCAGUACUUUCAUCGACAAAGAUCAUGUAGAAGAUAAGAAGAAUGAAACCUCACUAGUAGUAACUAUUAAUACGUGA